AUGACGAGCAUCAGCUUUGCAUUGAUAUCUGUUGAUAUCAGCAGUACUUUGAUCUCUGUACUCGUCUCACAACAAUCCAAAUUCGCCGCUGACGUGAUAUGGUCUGUAGGAGUUGUUCUCGCGAUGAGCAGAUAUAUAGCCAUAGCGAUAAUCUCGCUGAGUCGAAUGGUCGCUCAGACAUUCAGUGCUGAUAUGCAAAUCAAGGUGUGGAGUGGCCGUGUUUGUGCGUUCGCGAUUUUUGUACAAUUCGUUUUCCCGAUCAGUUACGUGGCUGCGUUCAUGGUGGAUGAUCCGCAAUUAUCACUUAUGGUACAUGAUAAUGCGGUUUUCGUUGGAUGGGGUAACUUAGAGCUUCAUGUGAGUGCAGUGCAAUUCUCAUUUCUUAUUGAUAGUAAUACCGCCAACAAUAUCAUUGAUAAUCUACUCUACUCACAAUGA